UAUUGGCCAAAGCGCACGAGCCGAUAACCAAUUUAUAUUUAAGCCCCAACGUCCGAUAGCUUGUCAUCAGUUAAAUUUUGCUCCACAGCAGUAAAACAACUACCAAACAAUCAAAAUGUUCAAAUACUUCGCUCUCGUUUUCGUCGCGCUCUUCGCCUUCGCCGCUGCCGAGCCUAAACCCGCUGUGGUCGCAGCACCAGUGGCCUACUCAGCCCCAUUGGUCGCAUCCCCUUACUCCGCUGCCUAUGCUGCCCCAUAUGCCGCUUACGCCGCCGCUCCUUAUGCCGCCUACGCUUCACCCUACGCCGCCUACUCCGCUUACCCAUACAGCGCCGCUUAUGUGCUCCGCAAGUAAACGGAAUGUAGCGGUUGACCUGUGAUAGUACCGAAUUGGAUUUGAUUGGCAAUGAAAAGGACUAAGUUUUUCAUUAUAAAACUUAUGAUGAAUAAAAAAAACUUUAAA